AUGUUUGUCCAACUUUUGCUCACCAUGAAAAGGGAUAUGGCAUUUUUGAGCAAGUCAUGGAUAUGUCUCUAUCAUUCUGUCCUCGCUCUUGGCUGUCAAUACGAUGGGGGAGGAUCCUUCGAGUCUGGCAAAGGUGAUGCUUGGAAGUUCUUCUCCAUCGCUCUGGCCAACUUCACAGAUUUGAUGAUGCUGCCCGAUACUCUCACGACUUUCCAAGCCGUGGUGGCUAUGGUCAUAUACUCACACGGUAUGGCUGGAAUCGCACUGGAGCACGUCCUCGUGUCAGAGGCGGCAAGGCGAGCACAAAAUCUAGCCGAUGCCAAGUUUGUCGGGGCGGCAGCAGAUGCAUACCGAAGAACCUUUUGGGUAUUUUACUCUUUGGAGAAGAUCAGUAGCUUCCACCACGGUAGAUCAUCAACCAUCGUGGACUGCGACAUAUCCUGCUCCGUUCCAUCCACGCCUGACUCUUUCCUUUCUGGCGGAUUCGACAUGUUCCUCUGUUUCAUCAGCCACUCUCGUCUGCUAUCCCGAGCCAAUACCUCACUCUUCUCCGUUGGCGUAUCUGACAAUCCUAAAGAGUACCACUUGGCCAUAAUCGACCAGCUCCUGGACGAACUUGAAGAAUGGAGAAAUUCACUGCCAGAUACCGGUUUCAGGCCUGGUGGCUGGGUCAAACCUCACUCAAUUGUUGACGAUCAAGAGCGGACAGUGGCUUUAGUCACCCACUUCCUCUACUACAGCUUUCUACUGACGAUCUCGCGAAUGGCUCUUGGUUACUUGCCAGCAUCAGAAGGGCCUCCAGACUGCUCUCGUCGAGAUGAAACUAUGGAGACCGUGGGGCGCAGUGCUCGCUCACUACUCGAGUUGACCUCAAUAAUAGACAUGUCGCCAUACACCCCCAUGUGGAUGAUGGCAACAAUUCCCAUCAUGGCCUUUUUCGUCCUAUUCGACCUCGUCAUUCACAACCCUCGGCAAAUACACACAACGACUAACUUAGCACUACUUGACGUCGUGAAAGGCCACUGCAGCCGUAUACAGGCCAUGUCCAACGGGGCAGUACCUGGUACCAUGGUCGGCGAGUUUGCACAAAUCGCCCGAAACUACGUAAACGAAGUCAACGGCCGUAGCCCUACCGGCAUGACACCACAUGCGCCAUCCGAAGCAUUCCAAGCGCUCCCUACGCAGCCUCAGUGGUCUCUGCCUCAGCAAACUGAUUAUGACGUCGCAUCAACGGAAAUCCGUACCGACUUGUCGACUAUGAACUUGGCGUCCGACCCGACUAUGACAGGGCAUAUAGACAUUGAAGGGACCACGGGUGCCUCGAGUCCGCUCAUCGGAACUGACGUGAUGAAUCUCUUUGAAGGCUGGAUGCCCGACCUGGAUCCCCUGUUCUUUCAUGGUAUGAGCGCGCAAAACAACAUGGACCAAACGGUCGCUCAGGAUGAUUUCGAGCUUUACCCAGAUCCGUUGUAUGGAAAUUACGCAUGA